AAGAACCUAAGGUUUUUCAGACUUCAAUAGAUAGACCUUAAAACCCUAGAGAUGUCCUUCUCCAUCUCCACACGCCACCACAUCCGUCGACUAUCUACGGCAGCCACCGCCGCCGCCACCAAUGCCACGGAGACGACGUCCUCUUCACUAUCCAUUUCAAAAGCGAAGUCUAAACUUAGAAACGAGUAUGAUCCAGAUAAAGCCUUAGAAAUUUACUCCUCUGUUUCUAGUCACUACACCUCCCCUGUCACUUCUCGUUACGCUCAAGAAAUAACCAUCCGCCGUCUCGCUAAGUCCCGUCGAUUCAAGGACAUCGAAUCCCUAAUCGAGUCCCAUAAAAACGACCCGAAGAUCACUCAGGAACCUUUUCUGUCCACCCUGAUUCGAUCCUACGGUCGAGUUGGUAUGUUCGAGCACGCCAUGAGGACUUAUAAUCAGAUGGGUGAUUUAGGUACUCCUCGAUCCGCACUUUCAUUUAAUGCCCUGUUAUCUGCUUGUAACCAUUCGAAGCAAUUCGACAAGGUUCCUCAACUGUUUGACGAAAUGCCCAAGAGAUAUAAUUUCUCUCCCAAUAAGAUCUCGUACGGUAUCCUGGUUAAAUCCUAUUGCGACGCGGGUUCUCCUGAGAAAGCCUUACAGAUUUUACGAGAAAUGGAGGAAAAUGACGUGGAGGUAACUGCUGUGACAUUCACAACCAUUAUAAAUGCUCUGUACAAGAAGGGUGAGAGCGCAGAGGCAGAGAAAAUAUGGGACAAGAUGAUAUCAAAAGGGUGUGAACUUGAUGUUGGAGCCUAUAAUGUUAGAUUGAUGCACGAACAUGGUGGCAAGCCAGAGCGUGUACAAGCCAUAAUCGAGGAAAUGGCUAAUUCAGGUUUGAAACCCGAUGCAAUUAGUUAUAAUUACUUAAUGACUUGUUAUUGUAAGAAUGGGAUGAUUGAUGAAGCAAAGAAGGUGUAUAACGAUAUGGAGAUAAAUGGGUGUAAUAAGAAUGCUGCAACCUUUAGGACCUUUAUUUAUCAUCUUUGUAGAAAUGGGGAGUAUGAGAAAGGGUACAAGGUUUUUAAGGAGAGUGUGAAGAUGAAUAAGAUUCCUGAUUUUAACACGCUGAAGUAUUUGGUGGAGGGGCUGGUGGAGAAGAAGAUGAUGAGAGAAGCCAAGGGUUUAAUCAGGACUGUAAGAAAGAAAUUCCCUCCUGAUACUUUGAAGGCUUGGAGAGAAGUUGAGGAGGGGGUUGGUUUGGCUUCUGCUGGUGAUGAUGUUUCUUCUAAGGAUGAUAACGUUUCUUCUAAGGAUGAUGAUGAAACUAAAACAUGAGUGUUAAAUUCAACUUUGUUGUUGUUGAGUUUGAUGCUUUCUUCUCUGUAUCUGUAUUCAUUGCUUUUUUAUCUUUUGGUCCCCAAUUGAAUAAGUUCUGUUUUGGAAGCUAUAGAUGGCGAACAAUUGUUGUUAUGCAUCGGCAAUGGAAGUCUAAAUUAUAAGCAGUCAUAUGGGACUUGGGUAACUAUAGAGUUUGAAAAGCACCAAUUUUAUUCUAAUAGAUCUUGAGCCUUUCUUCUUUCAA